AUGUGCAAAGGCAUACGACGACGAUCAGUCAUACUUCUGCUUCAUGGAGGACGAUCAUUAGUUGAUAAAAGUUCACUUUACAUAUUCUCCUUCUCUCUCUCUCUCUCUCUCUCUUUAUCUAUCUAUUUCCUUUCUCUCUUCGUUUCUUUCUCUCUAUCUUCCUUUUCUCUCUCCGAUUUUGUAAUUUUUUACUUUCUUUCUUUUCUUCAGUUCUCUUUCUUUCGUUCUUUCACGCAUCCACUUUUUAAUUCUUCCUUUCUCUUCGGUUUUACCCUUUCCCUCUCAUUUCCAUGUCUUCUCUUUUUUCUCCUAAAUAUUCCAAUAUCUAAUUUACACAUUUUCUCUCAGAGUUUUCAAACGAUAAUUUCCUCAUUUCUUGUUAAAAUUUGGUUCCCGUUUUUCUUCUUGAAAUAUUUGCAUGCAAGCAACUUGUCUAUUAAUUCUAUUUUUCUUUUCGCUUUUCUCUGCAUAAAUCACGUCUCUCUUAAAUUCUGCUUCUCUCUAUAUAUAUCUCUUUCUCUCUCUCUCUCUCUCUUUCUGUUGUCACUCAAGUUCAUUGCUGUCGAUUGGCUGCGUGCCAUUUGCCGUGGUAACGUGACAUAA